AGAUAAUUUCUUUACGGGACAUCACAGCCUAAUGUAUUUAGCUUAAGAAUAAUGUCAAGAAACUUAAUGUAUGUUUAGAUUGAACGUGCAGAUUUAAAGGAACAGAAAACUAGGAGCCAUAAAUAAUAAUAAUAAGAAGAAGAUAGCUGGGAAAGUUCUUGGAUUGAAGUCCCUCACGAUCUCCCUGAAGCCUGAGGAGCAUCCUUGACUAAAGACGUGACGGCUGACAUCAGAAUGGCUGCGAUCCUGCAGCUGAUGGGUUUCUCUCUGCUCAUGCAGGGAUGUCUGAGCAGCGUUGGACACACGAGCUGCAAGACAUGGUCCCAAGAUGGAAAUACUUUUUGCUGUCAUGCCUGUCAACCAGGACACCGCAUGGUCAACCGCUAUGGUCCGACGCUGGGAGAUCUUUGCACCCCUUGCGACUCCGGCACAUUUACAACGGACCCUACAAAAUUCAGUUGUGACCCGUGUACACAAUGUGCAGGGGCUCAGGUGAACAAGGAAGUUUGCACCCCCACAACUGACACAAAGUGCGGCUGUAAAAAAGGACUUCUCUGUGGGGACGGCAGCUGUUCCUUCUGUAUCACUAAGUGUGACAAAGGGGAGGAGCCCACAAAGGAUCGUUCCUGCAGACCGUGUCGAAAUGGAACUUUCAACGACCAGGGCCAUCAGAUGUGUAAACCCUGGACAAUCAAGUGUCCAAAGCCAGGUCAAUAUAUUCUGGACCAGGGAACUACGAUUUCUGACAUCACGUGUGCCGAAGUGUCAGUGAGUCCAGUGCACACUCUCAGCCGCCCAGAUACCACAGAGCACACAUGGCCACUGGUCAUAUCUGUGGUGACCAGUUUAGCUCUGACCAGCUUCAUCAUCAUCGUCAUCCUCACUGCGACGAUGAAACAUGUCCAGAAAAGAAAGAAGACACAAAAGGCCGUCCCAGAGACUAUGAUAAUCCGAACCCCCACAGAUCAUCCGCUGCCACUCAGAGUCGUAGCAGUGGAGUGCAGUUAUCACGAGGCCGAGCAGGAGGAAGGCGGCAGCUCAGAGACGCUGGUGACCAGGGACCAGCUCCUCCCAUGAGAAGAAGCCAUCAAGAACAAGAUGGGAUCCUUCUCUUUGCUCCUGCUGUGGUUCGGAGGUGAACAACCCGGCUAUCUUUGAAAACAUCUGUUACCUCAGCAGAGAUCAAGGUCAAACAUUUGCUCAAUAAUUAAACCAGGAAACAAUUUACGACAGGAAAUGUGCACAUGGGAGGAAGGGGAAUUCAUCAUGUUCACUGUGUUUCCCCCGUCAGUCAAUCUUGAAAGCUUAGCUGUUCCUGAUAUAGUCGUGGAAAGUCUUUAAUGUUUAGAUUUAGACACCAGAUAAAAGGUAAAACAACAUGUUAUAAAAACCAAAGGAGCAAAGAACCCAAGCAACUUUUUUUAAAUUAUUUUUUAACUACUUUCAAACAAAGUAGUUGGACUGUGUGGAAUGAGUUUAAAUGAAUUGUAUUACUGUGGUAUUUAAGUGGGCAGAGUGUGAACGUACAGUGCAGGUGGGAGUUCUGAAGCUGAGCCCACACGUUCCAAAACAGAAGUGUGACUUCAGGGCUCCACCUACAGUUACUAUACCUCCUGUUUACUGCUGAUUCUGUACAUGUAUGUCUGUUACUUUGUAGCAGCAGCAGGACGAUGCUGUUGAUCAAGAUUUUUAUGGAAGAGGUUGUUUUGUUCGCUGUGGUUUGUUUAGUUUAUUUUCUAAAAUUGAUGGGGACUUUAUUUUGUGAUAAACUGUGUAAAUGAUAAGAAUGGCAGUCAGCAGGGAGCAUUUCUCUGCUAAGGGCCAAUGGAAUUUUGAUAUUUAUGUGGAUCUACAACAAAUGCCUUAUUCUAUCCAGAACAAUUAGUUAUUCUCUGAGAAAUCAACAAAAGUGUUAAAAAACUCCAACUCUCAGUGUUAAAGACGGUGAAAAAGGAUUCCUGCUCCCUCCUCUCGAUUCGUGGGAGAGGCGUUGGACUAGUGGCAGAAACUUGGACUAUGGGCAGAAAAGGUCUCUGGUUAGAAACAACAACAAAAAGACAAACCUGGAUUGAUCUGUCCAAAAAUCCAAGAGGAUUCUCCCUACCCUGUCUAGUGCCCUUGAGCAAGGCACCUUACUCCCCCAACAUCUGCUCCCCGGGCGCCGUACAUGGCUGCUCACUGCUCUGUGUGUCCUGCACCAGAUGGGUUAAAAGCAGAGGUUAAAUUUCCCUCCUUGCAUGAGUGUGCUUGUGUUUGGGACAAAUAAAUGUAUCUUAAUCUUAAUCUCUAUCUUAAUCUUAAUCUUAAUGCGUUCUUUCCUUACCCAUAAUGCAUCCUUCUACCAAGUUUCGUGGAAAUCUGUCUACCAGUUUCUGCGCAUGCUUUAUCUGGAGCUAAUGAUGGCCACAUUGAAGGAACAAGGAACUACAGAAAGUCCAUUAGAGGGACUUUCAGCUUUUGUGAAUUAGUAAUCCUCAAUCACGUAAAGCACCGGGGACUCCACAGAAUGCAAAUCAACACAGCUUGUCAUUAGUGAGUCACUUGUUUAAAGUCCAGCUUUACACUAAACAAGCUGGAGCUCGUCCAACCUUUCAAUCGGGACGUCCCAAGUACACAAGUUUGAGAUUCCUUUUAAGUGAGUCGUCCUCUUAAUGACACACAUUUGACAAACUAAUUAUAGGCGCUCAUUAAAUGAGAUCGAGUUUCAAUCGUCACGUAGAAACCUCCCACCCCACCCCGACCUUUUCUUCUCUGAGACACAGCAGGCUUGAAUGGAAAAGUUGUGCAACACGCUGCCUGGGCUUGUGAUGAACUUGUAAUCGCGAUGAGUCACAGCCAGAGCGCCACGUCAGGUGGAAGACCACAGACCUCAGGUGAACGUCACCAGUCAACCAGCAAAACAGCUGACGCACUUUAUUUCACCCCCCCGCUCCUGGAAUUAAUGUUACACACGUCUGUAAAUGUAUCUUUCUGCCUUAUCACGUUUGUUUAUAUUACUUGUUUUUCUAUUAUAUGCAUCUUUUCAUUAUUAUCUAUGAACACCGGUUUACACUGUGCUACAUUAUACAUUCAUGACAUUGUACUGUUUUGAAACAGCCAAUAAAAAUAUUUUAUUAUUUGUUGUUGUAC